AAUUGACAGUUGACAGUUGUUUGUUGUUUGUGAAAAAAUUGUGAGAUGCUAGGCUGUUUGCUGUUAUUAUUUUAUUAUGGUUUAAUUUUUCAUUUUAAUGAAUGGUUCUAGUGUUCUCUGAAACGCUGUAAAAUAUUUAAAAGGUUCAAAAGCAAUCACCAGAACUGAAUUUUCAUCAUAAAUAAAGAAUUUAUUGGAGCAAUAGAAAAAUGGAUAAUAAUGUUUCUGAUCAAGUUGCCUGUAUUAAAAAACACAAAAAGCAUAGAAGAGAUCGAGAUGAUAAACCAGGGUUGAAAUUAAUCUUAAAGGUGGGAUCAAAUAACACCCCAGAACAUGAAGAAGAAUAUGUUCAGAAUUUAACAGAAGACUCUUCUUCGUUCAGUUUAGUCCCUAAUGACUCGGCUUAUCCGUUGUAUCAUGGUCAUCAUAAGAAAUCCAAGAAAAAAAAGAAGAAAAAAGAAAAAGAUCGCGAAAGAAGGCACAAACAUCAUCAUAAGGAUAAGAAAAGGAAACGGGGUGAUGUAGAAGAUGAAAAUAUUGAAGAAAUGGAUACACUUCUUGGAGUAUAUCCUUUACUAGGUUCACCAAAUUCACAAAGAGAACAAAGAAGUUGUGUAAUCAAAAAAAUACAAGAACGUUCGUCUUUAUCUAAAGCAUUGGAUCACUUAUUAAAUCAACUAGAAAAGAAAGAUUCACACAAUUUUUUUGCAUGGCCAGUAACUGAUAAUAUUGCACCAGGAUAUUCUCGCAUUAUUUCAAAACCUAUGGAUUUUAGUACCAUGAGACAAAAAGUAGAGGAAAAUCAGUAUAAAAGGAUUAAGGAAUUUAUAGAGGAUUUUAGUUUAAUGUGUGAAAAUGCAAUGAAAUAUAAUCAUGUUGACACAGUUUAUUUUAAAGCUAGUAAAAAAUUACUACAAGCUGGUCUAAAAGUAUUUCAACAAGAUAAAUUGGUGCAUUUAUUACAAAUUGCUCCAGAUCUGACUGAAGAAGAAAUUGGAUUUGAAAUAACUCCCGAAAUGAGAAGUGCAGUUGGUGUUAAAUCAGGAGAUGAAGCUGAGGGUAUAACAAAAAUUGGUUCAAAAGAGCCCCUUACGCCUGAAGAGAUUUUGGCUCAAGCUAACAAUGCAGCACGUUUAGCUAAAGCAAAACUUAAAGGGCAAGGCCCCUCUAUAGGAUAUUUAAGAACCAGACGUGAUGGAUCUGCUCAACUGGCUAUUUUAGUAGGCAAUAAUGCAGGAAAGAGAAAAUUAUUGGCACCUUUGGGAUCACUGGUUGGCAGACUGUCCGAUGGUUCAGCUCAUCUACAGGGUUUUAGGGAGGAUCGGCGCAAUACAGCCCGACCUGUAAAGUCAUUAUAUUAUGGAGCCUUUGGGUCUUAUGCUCCAAGUCAUGAUUCUGCUUUUGCAAACCUAACCAAGGAGGAAUCUGCUCUGGUGUUAAGGACCUACGGAAGUGAUACAGCUGUACAGUAUGCCGAAAGUAUUCAGGACUUUGUAAAAGGUUGCGAUUAUGGUGAGCAAUUAGUGGAUUCACUCCUCGAUCUCUUAUCAGGAGGAGAUCACUCAAAAACAAAAUCUACUAUAGAAGAGGGCAAACGUCUUAAGGACGAGGAAAAUGCAGUGAGAACUAUUUUAGAGACCACAACUGAUACUCUGAAAGUUAAUGUUGAUGAACUUAAAUCACUUCAAGAAAUUGGUAUUGACGUGAAUUUCUUAGAUGCGAUGGAAGACGAGAUUAAACAGAGCGAAGAACGACACGAAAUGCAACAAAAAUUAAAUGACAUGUGCCAGUUAUUAGAAAAAUUACAAAAAACUCAGUAUGAAAGACUAUCGCAAUCUCUACCGUCUUCUUUGCAUAAUAUUGCACGACCUACUCAAGAUGAAAGUAAUUUAGCAGAUCAGUGUGUGGAAAAUCUUACUGAAAUCUCUAAAAAAGUACUACCUGGAGCUAUUGCUCCUGUGUCAGCCAUUAGAAAGGCAUUGGGCGUAACAGUGCCUCCAUCUAUACCAGAUCCCGAACCAGAUUUGGAGACUGAGUUAAGACAGUUUUUAGAGGAGGCCCAACAACCUACCCAUUUAGAAACUGAUAAUGCUAUUGAAGAAAUAUUGAUGGAGUAGAUAUUAAUGAAAGCUAUUGUAUUAAUUUUAUGUUAAUUAAUAAAUUACAUACUAAAAGUAUUCAAUACAUUUCACAUUGUAAUUGAUAAUUUAUAAUAAUUUUAAUUUGCUAUUAAAAAUUAUUUUGCUAUU